UCAAACUCUCGCUGUCGAUGGCACGAAUCUCGAGAGCGCGCGAGUGCUGGAAAAUUCGCAAAAUAUUAUCCUUCGAGACGAGUUCCCUGCUCGCACUGAUGUUUGUAGUAUGUUGUAGUCAGAAAGGGUCGGAUGAGUAUCACUGUGUUUUCUCGGUGCGCGACUAGAAAAAGGAAGUAGGAUUUUUUUUCCUGCUGCCGAAACGGGGUAGUGUUCGAAUCGGGAAAAGUGUGGUGCAAAUUUGCAAUCCUUUCCGGAAGGAUUUGGUCCGGGGAUUUCUGAUGGUUGAGGGGUGAUUUGCCAUUCGGAAAAUUGAUAAGUGCAGAGUGCUCGCACAGAAAAUGUCUACUAUAAGUGAGCAGAAUUGUGAUGUGCAUCUGCAUGCCGAGAUUGAGGUGCUGAAGAACGCUCUCGCCGAUAAACACUCGCAACUGUUGGCCAUGGAGAACGCCUGCCUGCAGGAAAGUGACCGGCAGGUCGAGCUAGAGGACAGCAUCAUCGCCUGGCAGGACAAGUACGAGCGGCUGUAUGAGUCGCACAAGCGGGUACAGAAGGUGAACCAAAAUCUGGAGGAUAAGCUGCUGAAGCUGGUCGAUAGGAAUUCCGGCGAGCGGGCACAGCUGACGAGCGAUGUGGCCACGCUGAGCGUACGGUUGGCACAGGCAAACUACAACAUCCAGAGCCUGAAGCGGGAAAUUGAACGAUACAAAACAGACAUGAGCGUCGCCAUCCAGCUGCUGCAGUGCAAACCGGAUAGUUUCGUUUCGCCAAAGCUUUCCACGCUUCCAAUCGAAAUCCAGUCGAAGGUCGCCACGUACAUGCGGCUCGAUACCAACUCCCACUCGGACUCGGAGGGCAGCACCAGCGGGGUGGGAGUGGCCACCGCCAGUUCCUAUCACGUCCUGCCAGCCUCGGACAGUCCACCGCCAAUGUGCCCCUUCCCGCCAACUGCCAUGGUCUAUUCGAUGCGGGGAAUGGGUAAGUAUGCGAACCAGUCCUCCUCUUCGCAGGAGGGUGGCGGAGGAGGUGGAGGAGGAGGUGGGGUCAUCAGCGGUGGUGUGGGAGUAGCCGGAGCAAAACUUCCCUCGCACCAGGAUCUGCUGUCCCUAGGUCAUAUAAAUAGCGGUGACAGUCUGCUCGGAAGUAGCAGAGGCAAUCGCAAUGACCACAAUGUCGUGUCACCGGCCGUGAUGGCAAAGUUUCUCGAAGACGAACUGAAAUCGAGUGAGGCUUUGCUUAAUUCCUGCGUGAAGCAUUGCGAGACCUGUGUCUGCCCAAGGAACGCCAACUUUACGAGUGGGUCACUAAUCUUGGCUGAUUUACUGGGUGAUGGACAGAAGUACUACAGCAUCGGAACGCAGACCAUCAUCAAGGGAGAGACAAACAAUUCGCUGUGCUUAAGGUGUAACAAUAAUUUGAACUCGCCGUCCCACAACAAUAGUCCUUAUAUCAUGAAGUUGAUCAAAUCGAGCGAUAGCGUCAUAUCGGAGACGAAGAGUAGUGUGUCCGACUACUUGACGACGCCGGACAAGACCUCGCCCAACAACGGGGGAAGUAGUGGUCAGUUGGCGCUUCCACCCGCGAAGAAGGAUGACCUGAUGGUGAAUCCCAUUCUAGGUCAUCACCGAAUAAGUGAAAGAACUAACAACUAUAACAGUACAUCGCCCAACUCGGAUCCUCCAGUGCAGACGGGAGUUGGAUUGGCCAAAAGCAGUAGCUACUCCAGCGGCAAUGGAGGAAAAUUGCCUCACCUAAAUCAAAGCAAGAAGCACCUGGACAUAAUUAAACCGAAAUCUCAAGCACCUCUAGCUGGGGGGAACAAGUUCACCGGUGAAUCUCCAUCGUACAUUAUUAAGGACAUGGAUCAGAUGAGCGGAAGUCUUGCACUGCAGACGCCCAAGUCCGGCGUUGGGGGAGGAUUUGGAAGUGUAAGUAGCCAGAAUAAGAUGGCAAGUGGAAGCGUUGGUAGUGGACUGUACCAUGCGGUUGGCAGCACAAACAGUCUGUGGAGUAGAACCAGUAGCCGAGAUCCUGAACGGGAUGGGGCGAAGAUAUUUGAGAGUUUCAAUAGGAACCUCAUCAAAACUAUCAAGGCUGAAAAUCCAAAGAUGUCCGGACCACGGAUUUGCGCUCUCCGGAUUCAAAACGGAUCUAGUAAUAUUCUACUGGACAGUAUGCAAGACGACGUCGUUGAUGAUCUACUUGAUACCAAAUCAUCAACGGGACCUGUGAUCUACACCAGACGAUCCAAAUUUCUGGACGAGGAACUGUUACUAGAUGAUGAUCCGUCGAUAGGACUGAAUGGUGCCAUAAAAACGACAAGCCUUCCGACUGCAAGCACUAGUGUAAAUAAUAGUAGUAGCAAUGGUAGCAAGCAGACUUCAAUGAUUGCCAAUGGCUCGGGUAGUGGAGUGCUGAGCAGUGGUCAUGGUUCCGGUGGUAAUCAAGGUGCGGACACAUCCCAUCAGGAUAGCUCAUCAAAAGACGUGUGUAACAUGAGCACAACUACGUCGCCAAACUCUUCUGAUCGCCUAUGUACGAUCGGAGAAGAAGUCAGCAAUCUACUGUUGAACACAAAGAUCAUCUCCACCAUUGCCCCCACCAAACUGAGACCCGAUAUCAGUGUGAACAAACUGGACGGCAUCGAUUUGAAUUCGAAGAAAUCCUGCACGCAAUCAAGCUCAAUAUCCAGCGAGAUAGAUAUUCAGGAAAGUGCCAUGCUCAGAAGGCAGCAGUUGUCUCGAGUGGCGGAAUGGGUACAGAACAACUCCAAGAUUGGCCACCCGGAGAACUUAAGCAACAUCGAGUCGGAUAACGAGAACCUAGCGCUGGCUUCAACCACUCCGCUCACCCUAGUCGAUAGCAUCAACAAUAACAAUGCACCUAGCAAUGGCAUUGCGACGCUUGAUCCCAAAGGAAACAGUAAUAGCGACACAAAACUGGUAGCUAGUGAUAUGAAAAUAAGUCGUAGUAAUAGUAACAAUGCCACGGCACAACCAAUACUUAGCGAUAAUGUCCUUAGCAAUAGUAACUCGUUCAACAAUAACCACAUCGUCAGCAGUAACAACAACAACAACAAUACAUUUGCUCAAGCCAACAACAACAAUGGAUCCGUUAUGCGAACAUUUGGCCACGCUAGUCUUAAGGCCCAGCUAGACUUUAACAGCAACAAUCACAGUGCGUAUCAUGGAAACAUCAGCAAUAGAGCUAUCUACGGCAGUGGAGGCACAACCACCAGGGGCAGCAAGCUUUCGCUGUUGGAAUGUUCCCGCCAGAUUGAAGAGUUGAAAAUGCUUCCGGAACACCCGUUACGGCCGAACCAGGGCUGCGAUCUGGACGAUAGCAGCAGUGUGGAUAUAGCGCAGAUGGAGUACAAUGUGAAGCAGUUUCUGUUGAAGCAAAACGAGUGGUCGUCCAUAUCGCGACGGCUUUCGUCGUCCAACACGUCCGGAAUAAACGAACCGCAGCAGCACCAGCAGCUGCAAUCGGUGGUGGUUGAUGAACCAGGAAAGAAGAACGUAUCCGCUAAUGGCAGAAGCAGUGAGGGUGGCGUGAAGGGAAGCUUCCCCGGGACAGCAGUUCAGCAGACGUCGUCACAAUUUCACAUGAACAAGUACCCGAUUAAUCCGCACAGGACGGAGACGAAUCUGUAAGGUGGUUGGUGAUGUGCUAGUGGAUUAAGGGAGGGUCUGGAAAGGGCGGAUGGGUGCUGUCGAGUGUUGUGGUCGCUACUGAAUUGGCUGUCGGAAUUUGUUGACGGCAUAGAAGCGUGAAAAGUAGAUCCAGUUGGUAGUUGGUACAGACGAAGGCAGUUGUAUGUUUUCUUCGGCAGAGUUGCUUUUUGUUAAAUAUGAAAUCUUUUAAAGAUUUGAUAUCUGGUAAAUUUAGAGUUAUAAUCAUAUGACGAAGUCUAUACAAAAUAUUGUGGAGCUCAAUCACAAAAAUCAGCGAAGCCCAGUGUAAUGAUACCACUAUCUAAAGAUAUCCAUCUGGGUUCAUAGGUCUAUAAUAUAUCAUUUAGAAAACAAUUCAAUGUCGGAAGACGUACUCGGUCAAUAUGUGGGAUAUUAAUCACUGCUAGGACAUCAUCUCAUUCUUGACCCAUUUAGUAGAUCAAAUGAUCUGAUUUUUGACGUAGGACUCCGUCUGUGAUUUCUAUAUGGGGGUACACUUUAAGAAAUCCGAAAAUGGAACAUGUAACAAAGUUAUGAAAGAUUUUGAACGUUAAUAACUCAGCUGCCCCUCGACCAAUUUCAAACAUUUUAUCACCAAUCGAUCAGAAAUAUUCCUACGCAUCUGUUAAAUUCACGACUUUAUAAUUUCUCAAAAUGUCACUUUUGAAAAUUGCAACUGUUGCUAUGAUAACUAAAAUUUUCACCGAUUGCCUGCGAAAAGUGAUUUGCCUAGCACAGAUUUCAAAGUUCAAUUCCAUCGGGUUUCACCAAACAGUGUUUAUACAAUCACCGCGUGGUGAGUGGUGGUGAUCUCCAGUACACAACGAAAGGCUUCCCGCAAGCAGACAGCUAUCUAGGGUGCCCACAACCGCUGAUCAGCCAUGUGAGCCAUCUAUGCCAAGCGCGUCAUACAAAAGAGUAUAAACAGAGAGAACCCCGCUCAAAUUCCUUUUCCUGCACAAAACACAAGCUCCUGCUGCAGCUAACAAAUUACAUUUAAUAUAUAAGACCAUGUAAUCCUACGCAACCAUUGUGUACAACCCCAUAGGGCUGUCCCUUGUAGUUUUCAAUCAUUCGGAAACUAAGAACACUUUUUAUCCAUGAAAGUUGAUCCACAGUGCUCUUAAACCCUAUGAAACUGUGUAGAUAAUUGUUGCUGAAAAUAUUGAAAAUUAUCAGGAUGGAAACUUCCCAAGAGUUCCCAAAAUCUUCCAGAUGUUCAUGGAUUUCCCUGAAACUUUUGGACUUCCCCGAACUUCACGUAACUUCUGUGAAGAUUUAAAUCUUUGAUUAAAUUCUAUCAACCUUUUAUUGCUCUCUGGAUUUUCCUGAACUUUUAUUGACUUUUCGAUGAUCCUGGACUUCACAGGAAUUCGCAUGACUUUCAAAAAUACCCUGGACUUCCCUGAAUUCAACAGAACUAUUAAAAUUUUCUACAAUUUUCCUGAGGUUAAUUGAACUGUUGAAGUUCCUUGAUCUUCCCUGAAGUUUGCUUCCGGAAUUUCUCUUAAAAUCUCCAUUCUUUUAUUGAACUUCGGUGGAUUUUCCUGAAUUUUUCAAAAUUUACUAGAUGUUCUUGGA